GGAUCAUUCGGGCGGAAUCGAGCAGAAAAAAAUGUGAUGUAAAUGGCAGUCCCUCCGAGUGGAUGAGGUUCGGUCCUUGCAUCAACGGGGUAGAGCGCCGAGGAUGUGGUCUCUCUCCUCGCUACUAGAUUCCGUCCUCCCGUGCCAUGCAGCUGAACGCUGCGGCAGCCCUCGCCCUCUCCUCUCUCCCGCCACCAUAGCAACCAGGCCUUACACUUAUUCUUUCUCUCCGUCAAUCCCUCCUGCCAUUGUUGGCAGGGCGCGAUGCCUCUACGUCAAUGCUACGAGGAAGAAGGAAGGAGCCAGAAUGCGGACCCACUACGUAGAUGUCGAAUUGGGUAAUGAUGAUGAUGAUGGCUUUGACGAUUUUGAUGAAGAAGGGGAAAAUGAAGAUGUUGGUGGUAGUGAUGAUGGCGAGCUAUUGCCAUUUGACAAGAUGAGGCGUUGGCUGGAGAAGAGGCCCCGGGGGUUCGGCGACGGGAAGACGUAUGAAACGAGUCUGGAAGACCAGCUCCUCCAGGAGAUUGAACAGAGUCGGAAAGCCCAAGAGGCGAACCUCAACAAUCUGAAGCGCAGCAAGUCGAAAUCUGAGUCCAUGAAGCAACCCUUGAAGCUGCAGCAGGAUGUUAUUCCAGGGCGUGCACGUAUUCGUGUUGGUAAUCUUCCAAAGAAGAAAAACAUUCAUAGAGAUUUACGGUCAGCAUUUAAAGGUUUUCCAGGCCUUCUAAAUAUUAGUCCAGCAGUUACUGGAAAUAAGACGACCAGAGAUCCCAUUUGCAAGGGCUUUGCGUUUCUUGAUUUUGAAUCAGAUGCAACGGCUGACAGGUUCCUUGAAAUAUAUUCUGGGCAGACCGUCGUCUUUGGUAAAAUAGAGAAACAAAUUUCAUGUGAUGCUUUAAAGCCAGACAGCCUUCCCAAGUCUGGUUCUGGAUCAGCACAGAGCAAUGUUAGAUAUAGUCCACGAUUAAAGAUUGUAGAUUUGGAUACAAAAGUUAGUGGAAGUGACUCUACGAAUCUUCCCAUGGAACCAUCAUAUAGAAGUGAGAUUGAAGACCCUGCAGGAACCAUAACUCCUGCUGGAAACUCUGAUAAGGAGGAUAUUGAUAGCGAGAGUGGUCGGGGCUUGGUCUUGAAUUUCCAAAAUUCUGAAUCGUCCAUCAAUGACACUGAAGAGGAGACGGCGUCAUCCAGUAUUUCAACAUCAAGGAAACAAAAGAAGAUGCUGGUCAGAAAGAAGCAAGUGAAAGUCCCAAAACCUGAGAAGGGGUUGAAAUCACUGAAAGUCCUUGGUUCUGCAAGCAGACUGAAGAUCAGGGAAAGAGCUGUUCUAACAGAUGUAUUCUCAAAGUAUGGAGCAAAUACUCCUUCAUCCAUGUAAUGACAAUGCAUCUCUAAUGAGAUACUGGCUGAAGCCCUUACACUCCGAGGUGGACACAUUCACUACUCCAUCUAUUAACUAUGCUCCAAGGGGGCACAAGAUUUGGUCAGAUGGAUUUUGGUAUGAAACUCACAAAACAAAGGAAAGAAUCUGCAACGUGGGCUGGCCACUUCUCCCCGUUAGAACCAUCAUAUGGUUGAAGCGUUACUUGGCAGUUCCUGAACUUCAGAUGACUUUAGGCCUACCGCUAACGAACACGUGAUUUUGCUACUUCCACCAUCCUGGCUAAACCUCUUUUUUUUACUAUCCUCCCAUUUCAUGCUCGUCUAUGUUAAAUAAUGUAUUUGUUCCAUGGCAAAAACAAAAGACCGUGCUGGUCAGAGCUGUUCAGAUCUAUCUAGAACAGGCACUCCGGUGGUAGUUAUUCA